GUCUGAAGAACUUCCGUGUCCGCGCCCCUCGACAUCUUUCGCCUUCAUGUAGCGGCCCUGCAUCUGCCAUGGCGUCGACCAGCACACCUGACCUAACGCCCGAGUUCCUGGCGCAGGACCGACGCCCUGCGGCGAGGAUCGGAAUUGGAGUCGUGACGGCACUGUCUGGAGUGGUUGUCCUGAUUCGAGUCUAUGCGCGAUGGUUCAUGAUCCGCAGUUUUGGCUGGGACGAUGGACUCAUCUGCAUAGCGAUGCUCUUAAACAUCGUCGUCAUGGCCCUCACAACCCAAGUCCUCCGCUACGGCGCCGGCCUACACGUCUGGGCCCUCGAUACCGCCGAAACCCCACUGCUGUACAAAUGGCUCGUCUCUGCGCAGCUGGUAUACAUGAUCGCAUUGUGGGUGUGUCGACUAUCCGGACUGGCCUUUUACCGUCGAUUGAACCCGAUGCCUCAGUUUCAACUGUACCUCCGAAUCUCGCUUGCCUUCGUCACAGCCGUUAUGCUCGCCCAGGUCCUCAUCAUCGCUCUGCAAUGUAUCCCGCUCGCUGCGCUCUGGGGCGGUGCUACCGGGAAGUGUCUGGGAUCGAAGACGGUGUUUAUCUCCACUGCUGCGAUGACUAUCAUCUGCGACUCGCUUAUCCUGCUGCUACCGGUCAAGAUUGUGCUUUCAAUCAAGGCGAAUGCAACGCGCAAGGCUGCGCUGAGUGUGGUGUUGUGUUUUGGUGUUUUUGCCGUGAUGACCUCCGUCGCCCGCAUCAUCUCCAUGAUCCCCGCUAUCCAGAAAACCGACGCAACAUGGUACUUCUCCGUCGUGAUGGUGUGGUCCGAUACCGAAGUCAGCACGGCCAUCAUCGCCCUGUCGUUGCCAGCAUUGAAGGGUCUAGUCGGUGCUGUGGCGGGCAGUACCCGGAAAGGAACGGAUCAGACACCAGGGAGUAAUGGUGGUCCGGAUCUGCAUUUGCAGAAUGUGCCUGUUAGUGGCGACCACCAUCUGUACGAGGGGCCGGAUAGUUAUCCCAAUGAGGCGCGGGCGAGUAUUGGGGAUAAUGCCAGUCAGGAGGCGUUGUGGGUGGAUGCGAAUGCUGGGAUUCAUGUGAAGAAUAGUGUUAGGGUUAGUGUGAGUGAUCGAUAGGUAUCGGUUCACUGCCUGUGGG